AUGCGGCCUCUCCUGAGUCUUGGUUUUCUACUCUUGCCAAGAGACCCGGUACUGCCAGGUACUGACUGUAGCCAAGGGUUUCUGGUCCCUCUGCCGCCUACAGCUGUGGGCGCAAUCCGGGGCUGUCGCGGGCCGCCCGGACCCGAGACGCUGCUGCACUGGGGUGUCCCCUACCUAGUGCUGGUGGACAGGGCACAGAGGGAGGCCGGGGCCAAUGGGACUUCGGUUCAGAAAAAGUGCUACAGCUGUCCGGUGUGCGUUAGGGUCUUCCAGUACAUGUCUUACCUUCAGGGACACAGCAUCACCUGCUCCGAGGUGACGCCCUUCAAAUGCGACACCUGCGGGAAGGCAUUCAAGCGGGCCAGUCACCUUGAGCGGCACCACACCACUCAUAGGGGGUGCCCUCCCCGCUUCCGGGAUGAGGGUGAGUUGGCCCGGCACAUCUGUGGACGCCCAUUCCAGUGCCUGCAUUGCCCGUGCUGCUUUACCGAGCAGAACACACCACAGAAGUACACUCGGUGGAAGGAAGCAUCCAUGAACUGUUCCUGGGGACCCCAGGGAUCCUGGGUCUCCUGAAUCAGACACUGGCCU